GAGGAGGGGGAGGGGGGAGGGCGGGCAGGUGGGAACGAAAGAGCGGCGGAACGGGCGGGCGGCGCGUGGGGAGGCACCGGCAGGGAUGGGCCGCGGCGCCGGCUGCCGCAGAAUGGCGCCGCUCCGGGUGCUGGAGCUCUACAGCGGCAUCGGCGGGAUGCACCAAGCCCUGAAAGUCUCUUGGUCAUCUGGAUUCAGUUUUUGUAAAGAGUUUAUAAAGAAACAAAGUAAAGAUAGCUGCAUAUCUGCAGAAGUUGUUGCUGCUGUUGAUGUGAACACUCUUGCCAAUGAGGUUUAUAAACACAACUUUCCCAGCACACCACUAUGGGCAAAAACAAUUGAGGGCAUAUCACUGAAAGAAUUUGACAGAUUAUCUUUUGAUAUGAUUUUGAUGAGUCCUCCCUGUCAGCCAUUUACAAGAAUUGGUCUGCAAGGUGAUGUAUCUGAUCCACGGACAAAGAGUUUUCUCUAUAUCCUUGAUAUUCUCCCAAGGCUGCAGAAGCUUCCGAAAUACAUACUCUUAGAAAAUGUCAAAGGAUUUGAAUCCUCUUCUGCAAGAAAUGAACUUUUGAAAACACUAGAAACAUGUGGAUUUAAAUGUCAAGAAUUUCUCUUGUCUCCAACCUGUCUUGGCAUUCCUAAUUCUAGGCUGCGAUAUUUUCUAAUUGCAAGGCUUCACCCAAUGCCAUUUUCCUUUCAAGCUCCUGGUGAGAUAUUGACAAAGUUCCCAGAUCAAGAUCUAAAAGACUUAAUCAAGGACAAAGUUGCUGACAAACUGGAUGAAGCUAGUUCUUCCUUGCUUUCUAAAGAGAAGAAUUUGGAUCCAAGUGUUGGUCCUGAUUGCAGCAGCAAGAAGAACUUACCAAAGGGGGCCUUUCUUUUUAAGCUUGAAACAGCAGAAGAAAUGGAAAGGAAGCACAGUCAGGACAAUGAUUCCUCUAUUCAAAUGCUAAAAGAUUUCCUGGAAGAGGAUAAUGAAGAAAUGAGUCAGUAUUUCCUACCACCAAAGUCCUUAUUGCGCUAUGCUCUUUUGUUAGACAUUGUUAAACCCACCUGCCGGAGAUCCACAUGCUUCACAAAAGGGUAUGGACACUAUGUAGAAGGCACAGGCUCAGUUCUUCAGACAGCAGUAGAUGUACAGCUUGAAUCAGUGUUUAAAUGCAUUGAGAUGAUACCAGAAGAAGAGAAGCUUAUGAAAUUGUCAAUAUUAAAACUGAGGUACUUUACCCCAAGAGAAAUAGCAAAUCUCCAUGGAUUCCCUCCAGAAUUUGGCUUCCCUGACAAAGUAACAAUAAAGCAACGCUACCGUCUUCUGGGAAACAGCCUCAACGUACGUGUGGUGGCAAAAUUGAUCUCCUUUCUACUUGGAUAAUUUAGAACCUGAGUCUGAUGAGUAUGACCGAUGACAGAAAAUACUUUAAUCUUUAAGAGGAAGCUGAUAGCGGCUGGACAAAAAUCAUAGUUAAUAAAAAUAUCUGUCCAGGUAUUUUACUGAACAGUUCUCAUGUAUUUUUAAUACUGUGUUGUAUUUAUGGUGGAUUUGCACUGUACAGAUGUUUUACUGAAAUGGAUGUUUCCAAGAAUUAAUUGCUCUAUUGAAAUGUUCUUUUUAGUUUGCAAAAUGAAAAAUAGGAGCAUUUACACAUCCCUCAAUGAAAAUGGAUAAAAAUUUUGUAUUUUAUCUUAAAACUGUCUUCUCAAUGCACUAUAAAAAGGCUGUAAAUGUCAAAGAUGUUUUAAUUAAGUGCAGAGACUAAGUUCUACAUAUAAAAUGUCUUCAUCUGUAAAUAUAAUUGAUCCAUUCUUAAAAGAUUUACUGUAUAUAUAAUCUGAAAUUUUGAUGUGUUUUUGUAGCUAAUGAAACGACUAAAUGCAAUGUUUUGUAUAUGAUUUUUAAGGAGACACAGUAUCAUCUAUAGUUUAUUUUUGUCUGAUCUUCUCCAGAUACUUGUAGGUUUUUGGAACCCAACUGUGUCUGUCUGGAGGAAUUUGUUUCAGGGCAACUAAAUAAAAAUAUUUCAAGGUUAUCACAA